AUGGGGGUUGCGAAGGUCAAAUCCGGCAGCAUUCCUCUCAUUGCUCUCAAGAGGUGCUAUUCGGGGUACCCGAAGUCAAACUUUCCAACCAAGUCGAUGCAAGCGCGUGCCACGCCCCUUCCGGACAGGAGCAAGACGUUCACCAUCCAGGUUGACACCGGCAAAGUUUACGUGUUCGUGACGACCGACGACAUUCACAAAAAGCUGGUGAAAGGUCUCCAGUCUGUCAUUGAUGAGAUUAGCAGCCCCGACUCCUUCUACUUUGACGCCACGGGUGUCCUGCGGCGAGUGACGAGCUCAAUCUUCGACGACCGAGGCAACGUCGCCCAACGAGAAGCCAUGAAAAAGGAGAGGCAAGCGCGGUUUAAGCUCCGGCAGGCGGAAGCUGAAGAGCGACUUGAACCUCUCCGACCGAAGCCCCCACCCCCUCUUGCACGGUCCCCGUGCUCUAUCCUCGCCGGCAAGGCUUCGUCCUUCAGAAACCCGCGCCACCCUCCUCUGGGCACCACGUCCUUGAUCAGCGCCGGUGGUGGCGGCCAAAGGAGCGGGACCAAGCCGAGGUCCCGGGUAAACUCCUGCUUCACGAAGACUCAGCACCAGAGCUAG